AUUGAAGCUUGAGCAGUGAAAAAUAUGAAAGCCUAAUCUGUUUUGCAUCAUUAGUGAUUCUCCUAGGGUGUUGCCAUUUCUCCCUAGGUGUUGCGAGUUGCUUUUGCAAAACGUGUUCCUGAAACGGCUCAAUUUUUUGAGCCCUCAGCAUUACGCCUAUGGGAGCCUCUGGCGUCACACGCUCAAUAUUUUGAGCGCUCAAUAAUUUGAGCUUUUCCCCCUUGUGUGUGGGACCAUAUACCGUGAUUUCAAGUGCACCCAAGCUCCCCAAGCUGCUUUGAAUUGCUUGGAACUUGACAGGGACGGACGAUACUCUAGCAACAAUGGUGGAUUAGCCUGGUAUUAUUUUGAGCAAAUCGCUACUUUUUAUAAAGAGGUACCUACUGUAUUUGUGUGCAAGAUGGACGGGCAGAGCCGCACGUGCAUCGAGUGGAUGUGCAACGACGAAUACGAACCGGGAAGUUUCGACCUGGCCAACAUCGUGUCUCCGCCGGACCAUGAGUCCAUGUUCCACUCGCUGAUGAACGCCACGCCUCUGGGCGGAGACGAGGGACCGGGCACACCGCCAGUGGGCGCCCACGGCUGGUCGCUGGGCCGCCGGCCGUCCGACUCGGCCUCCAUCGCCACCCCCACGUCACUGGUGUCGCUGGUGCGCCAUCUGGAGGUUUCUCCUGGGGAGAACUCGGCGCCGCCGCCGCCGCCGUCCGCCAUGACCUCGGCCACGGCCACCAAAAUGACCGUCAAAGUCGGCGAUGAGGCUGCCGACACGUUCGCCGACCCGGUCCCGGCGCCGUCUCUGACCCAGGCCGUCUCCGAGGCUCUGGGCGCCGCCGGGUCGCAGCAGGACGCGGACGAGGUGGGCUACAACCUGACUCGCGUCACCUCGGCCACGGAUCUCGCCGAACUGCCGAGCGUGGAACGCCCCAAUCUGGAGCGCAGACCGUCCCUAUCGUGCCCCAACACGCCGCCGCGCCAGCGCCGCGGCCACCGGUUCUUCACGCCGUCCAUAUUCUAUCCGGAGCGGCCGGCAGACAUCUGCCGCGAGUGGCGCGAUAGCCACCCUGACCAGCCGGACGCGGCUGCCCCGGCCGGCGGGGCGGCGGCCCUCCCGGCAGCCGGAGUGUCCUUCCUUCCGCCGGCCUCGUCCCUCGCGACUGCCGGAGGUAUGACCGAUCCGCCGGCUGAGCGUAAAAAGAACCGCAACAGGCCGCGUCCCAGCCGCCUGCGCGAACUCAACUUCCUCGCCCCCACCUCCAUGUAAAAAAGAAGGUGCCGACCCGCAGGCGCAGACCUAUUAACCGAUCGCCGGCGCCGUGGACUUUGUAGACAGCUCCGACGCGUUUAGACGCCUCUGGCGCGGUGGUAGCGCCACGUUUAGAAUCUGCCAGGACGGCCAGUUGUAUAAGCUGUGGGCGAGGUAGGUAGCCGAAGGACUUUCCGCGAACGUAGCUCUCAAGGUGGUGUACUUAGUUGGAAGAUACUGACCCGCCGUAUUCGGUGCACGCGCCGCAAUCACCCUGUAGUAAUAAUUGCGACGGGGUUGGCUUUCUAGUGAGCCGGGUUCUGCUGGUAGUGGGCGCUGCGCGGAGUCGUCGCGCUGUAUUCUCACUAUGGUCGCGAAAGGUGGGUUUCCGUGGGACUGUGAUGGUGUGCGCCGUGUGCUCCCCGCCCCGUUCGGCUCGCCCGUGUGGUGAGCGUCUCCGCCGCUGCGGCCUGAAGCGGCCUCUGUCGGCCGGAACUGGCCAGGUUGGUUUGUCUGUCUGUGAUUGAGCUCUGCCGCGCCGUCGGCGGCGAGAGAGAUCUGGGUGCACUACAAAUAUAUCGCUGUUUCAGA